AUGGGUUUCAUAACAUGGUCACCAAGCCAUACAUGGCAACCAACAAUGACAACAGAUACAACUACAUCAAGUUACUGGUUGAAUUGGAGAUUCUUCUUUUGUGCACUAUGGCUAUUAAUCUCAAUGAGUCUAGCAUCUUAUUUAAUUUUCAAGUAUGAAGGAUUCAACAAACAAAGAUCUUCCGAGAGACGCGAAAAUCAUCAAGAUACAGAUGGAUUGUUAUAUGAAGAUGAAGCUUGGAAUACAUGUCUUAUAGGAAUUCAUCCUUCUUGGCUUCUUCUUUAUAGAAUCAUCUCUUUUAUUGUUCUUUUGGCUUUGAUCAUUGCUAAUGUUGCCGCCGAUGGACCUGGCAUAUUUUACUACUAUACUCAAUUAACUUUUACUUUGGUCACUAUUUACUUUGGGCUUGGGACAUGUUUUUCAAUUUUUGGAUGCUUAUUAAAGCAGAAUGAAUUUAGGGGAAGAACAGUGAAUGGUGCUUCUUUAGAUGCAGAAUUUCAUGUCAGGAAAAUUGCUGGUGUUUGGGGCUACAUUUUUCAAAUAAUUUAUCAGAUUUGUGCAGGUGCGGUGUUUCUCACCGACUUUGUAUUCUGGUUCAUCCUUUAUCCGUUAAGAACAUCCAAUCAUUACAGUCUUGAUUUUUUGGUUUUUUGUAUGCACACUAUUAAUGCUGUUUUCCUCAUUGGUGACACAUCAUUGAAUUGCAUGCGAUUUCCGGUGUUUCGAUUCGCUUAUUUCGUGUUAUGGACAGCUGCAUUUGUGAUUAUUCAGUGGAUAAUCCAUGCUUGUGUUACAGUUUGGUGGCCUUAUCCUUUUCUUGAUUUGUCAUCUUCAUAUGCACCUUUAUGGUACUUGGUAGUGGCUCUGAUGCAUUUUCCAUGCUAUGGAUUAUUUAUUUUGAUAGUGAAAUUGAAACAUUUUUGGUUAUCUAGAUCAUUUCCUGGAUCAACAAGAAUUGUAUAUUGA